UCAAACUUCACUAUGGGAUAAACCCAAUCCCAAUCAAUACGGAAUACGACUCAAAAUUAUGGUCCUUUGGUGACUAUAUAAACCCAAUCCACCGUUGACCACCGCCGUACACCGUCGCCGGCAAAAAUGGCGCUCCCUCUUUACCUCCAUCCUUUCCUCACGUUAUCAUUCAUCUUCAUUCUCUACACUCAAACGUCACCACACACGUCAUCACCAUACACCCGUCUUCCUUCAAUUCAAUCCCGAUCUGAACCUGUUCGUAUUUCCGUCACCGAUUUCGGCGCCACCGGCGACGGAAUCCACUACGACACCGUUCCGAUCCAGUCCGCAAUCGACGCGUGCACGGCCACCGGAGGCGGCCGCGUGGUGUUUCCGCCGGGGAAGUACUUAACGGCGACGGUGUUUUUGAAGUCCGGCGUGGUUUUGGAGGUGCAGAAGAAUGCGACGGUGUACGGAGGGACGAGGCUGGAGGAUUAUCCGGUGGAACAGAACCGGUGGUACGUGGUGGUGGCGGAGGAUGCGGAGGAUGUAGGGAUUACUGGUGGUGGUGAGAUUAACGGCCAAGGGUUGGAGUUUGUGGUGAGAUUUGAUGUGAGGAAGAAUGUGAUGGUGAGCUGGAAUCGGACCGGCGCGUGUGAUGGAGAUGAGUGUAGGCCGCGACUGGUUGGGUUUAUUAGGUCGAAGAAUGUUAGGGUUUGGGAUGUUAGGUUAAGUGAACCUGCUUAUUGGUGCUUGCAUUUGGUGCAAUGUGAUAACACGUACAUUCAUGAUAUGUCAAUCUACGGAGAUUUCAAUAUUCCAAAUAAUGAUGGAAUAGACAUAGAUGAUUCAAACAAUACUGUUAUCACAAGGGUGAACAUCAACACUGGAGAUGACGCCAUCUGUCCGAAGACAUACGAUGGUCCACUUUACAAUCUCACCGCCACAGAUUCUUGGAUCAGAACUAAAUCAUCUGCUAUCAAACUUGGUAGUGCCAGUUGGUUCGAAUUCAAACAGCUUCGUUUUGAUAAUAUCACGAUUGUAGACUCUCAUCGAGGGCUUGGACUACAAAUUCGCGAUGGAGGAAAUGUAAGUGACAUAACAUUUUCAAACAUAAACAUAACUACUAGAUACUAUGAUCCAUCAUGGUGGGGUCGGGCCGAGCCCAUCUACGUGACAACAUGCCCACGGGACGCCAAUUCAGAAACGGGUUCAAUCUCAAAUCUAGUUUUUGUUAACAUCACGGCCACAUCAGAAAACGGGGUGUUUUUGUCCGGGUCAAAAUCUGGCGCACUUAGUAAUAUAAAGUUCUUGAAUGUGGACUUUAAUUACAAACGAUGGACUAGUUAUGAGGACGGGUUUGUCGAUUACAGACCGGGGUGUCAAGGCUUGGUGAACCAUAGCUCGGCCGGGUUCAUGAUGGAACACAUCGACGGGUUGGAGGUUGAAAAUGUAAAUAUGAGAUGGUUUGGGGACCGUGUGAAAAGAUGGAACAAUCCUUUGGAUUUUAGGUCCGCAAGUGUCGAUAACAUAUCUUUGAUAAAUUUUCAAUCAAAUUCGUAUGGACAAUAAACAUCAUAAAAGUUUGCUAUUCAUUUUAUGAAAAUUUACACGCAUCAUAGUGGUGGACCGGUGACUUGCAAAUUAAGUUAUUUAUAUAUUUGAUUAUUUUAA